CAAAUGUUAGAAUAUAUUUAUUUUUGACUUUUAGAGGUUUAGUUGAAACAGUUAAUUUUUUAGGUUAGGAAGAUAUCAGACAAUUUAUGAAGAAUUAUUUUUUAUGAAAAAAUGACUCUAAGGUCUACAUAGAUAAAAGGGAUUUACAGAAGAAAUAAUCAAUCUAGUGGUUUGAUACACUUCUUUUAAUGGAUAGAAAACGCAAGGAUGUUAGCUGUUCCACGAAAAUAAGAUCUAUAAUAAGAAAAAUAAGUGACAAUAAAAAAUUGUUAGAGAAAAUAUUAACCGAUUUAAGAAAUACGACAGACGACGAGAGUUCUGACCUGUCUAUAGAUUUUGAAGGAGAUUUUAUAAAUAAUAAAGAGAAGUUACUGCUCUUGACUCGGAGUGAGUCGCGAAAAGAAUCAGAUUUAAAGAGACUAGCUCAAAAGUUAUCAUUUUUGGAACCGUUUCGCCAAUAUCCACAGUCAAUAAUAAGAAAAUUAGUGAAGUAUAGCCGACUUAUUGGCUUCGAAGCGGGAAGAAUACUCUUAGAUGCAGGUGACAAACCGCUUUGUGCUUACUUUAUACUCAGUGGUGAAGUCAAAGUGAAUUUCGACAAAGUGAUUGAUCCUAUUCAGAGGUUGUUGGAAACAAUAUACAAUGGAGAACUCCGCGGACAUGUGCAACAAUUGAAGACAAAAACAUAUGGCCGUGGCAACUUGAUUGGCAUGAAUGAAUUUUUGUAUAAUGAGGCUAGGCCAAGCCGUAUGUUUGUUACGAAAGAUGUACUCUGUAUCCAGUUCAAGAAAAAGUAUAUCAUACCAACGCUGCUACCAUUGAUCAAUCAAUGGUGUAUGGUUUUCGAAUAUCUGAGUGAGUUCGAAAUAUUUAAAUAUUUGGAAUUCGAAGCCAAGAGAGAACUAAGCACUAUAGGAAAGGUUAAAAAGUACCAAGCUCGUUCAUUAAUUGAAGCAACCGAUACUUCGUAUUUCCUAAUUGAAGGUGAGAUAACUGUUAUUCAACGACUCCUCGUUGAAAAUUAUCGUUUUAACAGAAAACCCCAAAAAAGAUUGUACCACGACCAGAAUGCAUUGGAAUACGGAAACAACGUAGAAUCUAUUUUUAUGAAAGUUUGUGUUUUGAGCAAAGGCUCGUACUUCGGUUUAGGUGAAAGGAUCUCAAAGAGCAAGCUUUGGACUAGUGAUACCUGCCGCGUUCUAUAUUUCUCAAAACAAAAAUUAUUGCAAUACGGAUCGCCUGAAGUAUGGAAUGCGAUAAAAGCUCGUCUUGAUGCCAUGUACCCUCCAGACGAUGAAAUAUUCAAAAUCUUUCAGUACGGCAGGGAUUGGUUGAAUUAUAAAAAAGAUCUUUUAUGCCAGUUGAACAGGGGAAGAGGUCUUGCUACAAUCCAUGAGGUACCAGUAACAUUGAGAUGUAUGAAAUUGAAGCGAUCAUUUAUGAGAAAUGUAAAUAUGACAACAAUUCCUGACUAUCUUGUUGGGGGAAGUGAUCCUCUUGAGGAUGAAAUCAACCAUCCGUUUGUCUUGGACGAGGGAGGUCCGCUUCGGGAGUACAUGUUUGGUCGGUUUAAGACAGAGCCACCUCAUUCAUUCGAAAAUACGAAUGUAGAAGAAAAGGUCGACAACAGAGGGUCCGUGGAAUAUGAAACAUUUCCGUCGUUCCUCAAUUAUGAUUUGCUUAAGUAAAGAUAUUUCAUUUUGUAAGAA